AUGACAUCCAAAGACAAAGCUGUGGUGUCCUUGCCAGUUUCUCCCUGGGAUGCCAUCCUUAAGGCUGCCAAAGACCAGCUGCCGUCUCUGGAUUCAGACUCGUCCCUGUCUGACUGUGAGGACGAAGAGCCCUUCAUCUUUCAGCGGAACCAGCCUGUCUUGAUUCCAGACCUGUCUGAGGAGCUUGCUGAAGACCCUAUUGGUGUCGAUGAAUCUGGGACCUGGGUUACUGCAGGGAGGAGUCCUUCGCCUGAGCCACUUCUGGUUCCUGGGAGAUUAGCCAUAGAACCCAGAAGUGACCAGAUGGUAAGAUCCACGGACUUGGCCUGUCAGGAGAGAAGAGACCCUGGCUGGGCUUGCCAGAGCUGUGUCAAGAGCAGCCCAAUCCUUGUGGAUGCUGAGGAGGCACCUGCUUGGCUGGAAGACAGCCUUAGAAGCCUGUCUAAGCCCAGAGGAUCCCAGAGUCCUCCAUGGUGUUCCCAGGAAGAAGAAGCCACCUUUCCUUUGGAAGGAGAGCUGAAGACAGAGCCCUCAGAUACUGAUUUUAGAAACUCUACAAAGCGCAGAGCCCUCCGCAGGGAGAGGAGGAAGAUGAUAGAGAGAGAUAUCCUUCAGAAAGUGACCCAGUCUGCUCAGAGCCCAGCCUGUGGUGACCAAGGCCAGACUGCAGAGUUAGGACCAGAAGCAACCUCAGAGCUGUCUCGGGAAGGAUGGCCAGUUCUCUCACUCAAGCAACUUGAAGGCUGGGACUUGGAUUAUAUCCUUCAGAGUCUGCCAGGGCAACAAGACAGCCAGGGUGACAGUGCAUCCAGAAGUGCAUGGUGGUUAGCUGACCGCUGCCAAGACCAAGGGCACAGCACUGGACCCUCCCAGGACAUACUCCUGGAACAGCUGGCUCUCCUGUGUGCCACUCAGUCCAGAGUCAGCAACCCUACCUGGAAGGUAUCUGCUGACAAGCUCCAAGACACAGAAGAGCAGGUAGCUAGAAUCAGAAGUGCUUCAGCAGAGCCUGGCUUUCCACCUGAGCAAAUCCAGAAACUAGCAGAGAGUAGGAGGCUGAAGACAGAGCCUUCCACCGUCUUCAUUGACCUGCGGCAGACAGAACCGUCAGAACUACAAGAUCACCAGUCCCAGGAGAGCUCUGAACAUAGCUCCUCUGACAGUGAGGAGGAAGUGGAAUCAGCAGGCUCAGUACAGGUGGCAUCCUCCUGGGAACAAAGGUACUGUACCGGGAAGAGUCACCUUCUUCAGCAGCUGAGGGUAUUUCGGAAAGGAGCAGUUCCACCACAGCCGUCUGCCAGUGACAGUCCUGGAGGCCAAAAGGCUCAGGCCUCAGAAGAUACAGCUGGAUCACAAACUCGGAGAAAGAAGCAAAUAAAACCCUGGUCUGAGAAGCAGAAUCUAGAUCCAGAUCUAGGGGACCCUACUGGACCACAGCUGCUCCCUGGUAUGGGCCAGCUAUAGGCAACUCAGGUAAAAAAAGCUGAAAAGCAGGCUGGGUGGCAGACUUUCUACCUACACAGUCCUGGUGGUCUCUAUCUACAGUCUGCCUGUUUCUAACAGCAUGGGCCUCAGGGGCUGGGACCCUCAGUCUAGAUACCAUGCAGCUAGUUUGAGCAUAGUUAAACUUUUGUUGUUGUGGCGGUGUUGGGAACUGCAUCCAGGGCCUCUCCCAUUCCCAUAUUUAAACAUAUUUAUAGUUUCCUAUAGAAAAUUUCCCCAAGUUCCUGGAUCCCUUGGCAUUUCAUGUACCCACCCAUACAGAUCUGAUGGAAAGGGGAGCAAAAACUGAAAUUUGCUUUCUCUCUUUAACCAAGAUACAAAAGCACACAUAGGUUUCAAGUCACUCCAAAUUAAAGGUGGCACCAAUUUUUGCUAGUCUGA